CAAAAUCUUGGCAUUUUUAUGCUGAAGCCGGAAAUCGAAUAUUAAUGUAGUGACUUCAGAAAGAGGCGCUUUGGUUAGGUCACGUGACUUGUGUUUACAGACAUCCGGAGAAACAUGGAGGACACCACUGGCAGUAAUCCCCAAUCUCUCGGAUUUACAGAAAAAUUGAAAUCGUGGCUCUCCUGGUCAUGGACUUACGUGUGCUUCAUAUGGUUCGGCAUGGUGCUGAUCAUGAUAUACGUCCUGUGGAGUCCGCUGAAACUGCAGGAAACUCUUACCUCAGCGUCAGUAUUUUUGAAUACACUCACACCCAAAUUCUAUGUGGCUCUCACUGGAACCUCCUCUCUCAUCUCUGGACUUAUCCUGAUAUUUGAGUGGUGGUAUUUUCGUAAAUAUGGGACCUCAUUCAUUGAACAAGUGUCCGUGAGUCACUUGCGUCCUCUUUUGGGUGGAGUGGAAAGCAGCUCCACGACAGGUCUGUUCUCUUCAGUUAAUGGAGAGGCAGAACCGAGACCCAGUGUCUCAGAAUGCAAGGUCUGGAGGAAUCCUUUGAAUCUUUUUAGAGGGGCAGAAUACAACAGGUACACCUGGGUGACUGGGAAAGAACCUUUAACCUACUAUGAUAUGAACCUCUCUGCUCAGGAUCAUCAGACCUUCUUUACAGGAGAUACGCAGCAGUUAAGGCCAGAGGAUGCGGUGAUGCAGAAGGCUUGGAGAGAGAGAAAUCCUCAAGCCAGGAUCAGAGCAGCUUACCAGGCCAUAGAAAUAAACCACGAAUGUGCUGCAGCUUAUGUGCUCCUGGCAGAAGAAGAAGCCACAACCAUCACAGAAGCUGAGCGCCUCUUUAAAAAAGCAUUGAGUAUUGCUGGGAAAGAUAUCAACUUACUGGUGUACAUUAAACGCAGACUGGCAAUGUGUGCACGCAAACUGGGGCGGAUUAAAGAAGCAGUGAAAAUGAUGAGAGAUUUAAUGAAAGAGUUUCCCUUGUUGGGAAUGCUGAAUAUACACGAGAACCUCUUGGAGGCACUUCUGGAGCUUCAGGCAUACGCUGAUGUCCAAGCAGUUCUUGCAAAAUAUGACGAUAUCAGCUUGCCAAAAUCAGCCACUAUAUGCUAUACAUCUGCACUGCUGAAAGCACGGGCUGUUUCAGAUAAGUUCUCCCCAGAAGCAGCGUCCAGGCGGGGGCUAAGCACAGCAGAGAUGAACGCCGUGGAGGCCAUUCACAGAGCUGUUGAGUUCAAUCCGCACGUGCCAAAGUACUUAUUAGAGAUGAAGAGCCUGAUCCUGCCUCCGGAGCACAUCCUGAAGAGGGGUGAUAGUGAGGCAGUAGCAUACGCUUUCUUCCACCUGCAGCACUGGAAGAGAGCGGAGGGAGCCUUAAAUCUACUACACUGCACCUGGGAGGGCACCUUCCGAAUAAUUCCCUAUCCACUGGAAAAGGGUCACCUGUUCUACCCCUACCCAGGAUGCACAGAAACAGCAGACAGGGAACUACUGCCCUCUUUCCAUGAGGUGUCUGUAUACCCAAAGAAAGAGCUUCCCUUCUUCAUACUCUUCACAGCAGGCCUUUGCUCCUUCACUGCCAUGCUGGCCAUGCUCACACAUCAGUUCCCUGAUCUCAUGGGUGUUUUUGCCAAAGCAUUCUUCAGCACACUCUUUGCACCACUGGGCUUCUUUGCAGACAAGAUGGAAAGCUUCAUGCCGGCCAGUUUUUGGCACCAGCUGACUCGGAUCUGAGCCCCUCUCUGUGGCACUCACACACAGACACACACACACACACACACACACAACGCAAACCCACACAAACACCAACACCACUCCAUGUUCUCUGACAAAAAGCUCUCCUGUCCUCAGCAUUACUGUCCACAUGCUGCAUUGUUAUUGAUUAUGUUGGCUGAAGUUGUAUCAACAUAGCAAAAGCACUUCUAAGAUGCUCUCCCACUCUGUUCCAGCUUCCAGAGCUGUUUCCCAAUAACACAUUUCGUGAAUACCGUUUGGUAUUUCACAGGGUCAUUCACUUGUUAACAUAAGUGAAUUAAAAUCUUUUCUACGUCCCACAAGUCUGGCUCUACAUUGAGAUUGUCCCUCAUUCAAAAAGAAAAGAGGCAAAACAGUGAAACUUGGAUGCCCUUAAUAAUUCUAACUCGUCCUCAAAUCAGAUUUCUGAUCUAGUGGCUGCAGUGCAAACAGCAACCCCUCAGCUCAGCACUUGUCCUCUUUUUUGUUUUAAAUAUGCUUCCCUGACAGACAAUGUAACAGCUCGCCCGGCCUAACUUUAUAAAAACACCUGUCGACGUCAAAUGUAUCCGCUUUCAUCUGAUCUUAAAAUGCAAUGUAAAACAGGGAGGAAUGUAGUCCAAUUGAAUUUAAUUCAACUGUUGCACCACCAUUCGUAUACUUUGUUGGACGGGUAUUACCUAAUCAGAGGCCACAGCAGCCCACAGCUGCUGGGUCUGGGAGAGAGGACGUCAAUCUGGAAAGUUUCAACUUCAUAGGAAAUCACCAAGAAAAUGGGAUACAAAUGUGCCUUUUUAGUACAACGUACUACUAAGUAACUGACGCACUGACCACACACGUUGGCCACCUCAUUGUUGAUGAGAAGUUUAGAACACGCUCUGCUUGAUUUGACUAAAUAUUUGCUAUCAAAUAAAGAACAAACUAAUUUGUUUAUUGUGCACUUGGUGCAUUACUGAAUAAGGAAAGAUAGAAUCAUGAUUUUAUGUAAUAAGAAAUUAGCUCUGUUAUUUCAUGAAAUGUUUGUUAUGCUGCAUUCAAAUUGGGGUUGUAGUAAUAAUACAUCAAUCCAUUUGCUAUAACCGCUUACAGCUGUCAUUGGGUGAGGGGUCCACACUGGACAGGCUGCCAGCCAAUCACAAGGCCACACAGAGACUACCAAUCAUCCACACUCACACUCACUCCUUGGGUCAUUUUGGGGUCAUCGUUAAACCUAACAUGCAUGUUUUUUGGACCCGUGCCACACAGAAAAGUACCAAGCUAGGAAACCAGGAAAUACAGAAUAGAGAAAUACAGAAUUGUCUGUUUUGUUUUGUUUGUUUUUUUCUGUUCUGCUUAAGUUAAUGACAGAACGAAUACAGCGUGCAGCUGAAACUACGGAACACAUGCUGAGGACAUGAGAAUGUAUUAAUAUGUGUUAUCACCCUGGGAUGGGUCUGUCGGGAAAACCUACGAUAAACGACUCUUCCACCAAGGCUUCCUCGCAUGUGUGAUCAUUUUCUACAAACGGAAAGAGCUUUAAUUUUGAUCAGCUGGCUGCAGAAUGAACUAACACGGUACUGCGGUCGCAGCCAGGGGCUAAUAUUUCUAUCAUAAUGUGAAAGUCUCCAGUCUUUAAAAAAAUCUCAUUUAAAAAGUUUGUGUAUAUUUUUUUUCAAACUCCUGCACCUCUCUAUUGGAUGUUUUAAUUUCGUUGGCGCCACGAUCAUAUUCCUAACUCCUGACUGGAGAGCAGCUGUAAUGAAAAUCUGAGUUGAGCUCUGUUGACGGGACCUAAAGUGCCAGAGCUUGGUCUGCGAGUGCGUGUCGAAACUUGAAUUGCUCGCCAGCCCUCAUGGAAGAGAGCUUCAAAGUCGGCAUAAGAGGGAAAAGAAUUACGAACAAAAAUAAAACAAAGGGUAUAUAAAGCAGCACUUUCAUUUGAG